AUGGCUAAACUAGACCAAACACCAGACAAAAAAGAAAGAAAGAGAUAUAAAUGUGGUGGUUGUCAGAACUACAUUACUGAUGGAUGUAGAGCAGAUUGUACAAAAAGAAAGACAACUGGGACACCAGUGUCUCCAUACAAACCCAAAUAUUAUAAUAAUAAUCCUACCACACCUGUAUCAUUAUCAUUACAAAGAUCAAAAUCAUCACCAACUAUAAUAUCAACAACAACUUCUACAACCUCUACAACCUCUACAACAACUCCUACACCAUCAAUUACAGUCUAUCUUACAGAUGACCAAUCUAAAAGAACUGAAGAGAGAAUUCAUUCUGUUUUAAAGAAAUACUUUGGGUUUAAUUCAUUUAGAGGAUCACAAUAUGAUAUAGUUUAUCAGAGUUGUGUUUAUCAAUCAGAUAUAUAUGUAUCAGCUGCUACAGGAGCUGGAAAGAGCCUUUGUUUUCAAUUACCACCAAUCGUACUAAGAAAGACAGCAUUGGUUAUUUCACCUCUUAUUUCAAUCAUGCACGACCAAGUGAUGAAACUAACACAAAUGGGUAUAAGAGCAUGUCAAUGGAGUCCACAGUGUAGAAUUGGUGAUCCAACACAUCAAAAGUUGGUUGGAGGUUACUAUUCAGUUGUAUUCAUGUCACCUGAAAAGGCAAUGACUUCAUUAGAGAUUAUUCAAGAACUCUGUGAAACUGAUACACUGUGCAUGGUGGCUAUCGACGAAUGUCAUUGUCUCAGUCAAUGGGGACACGAUUUUAGACCAGAUUAUGUAAAUUUAUCUAUAUUUAGAGACAUGUUUCCAAACGUACCAAUUAUGGCACUCACUGCUACCAGUACACCAGAGAUUGAACGCGAAGUUAUUUCAUCUCUUAAAAUGAGGAAACCAUUCAUAUCUCAUGCAUCUCGAAAUAGACCCAACAUCUUUUAUCAAAUCAUCCAAAAGACCAAAGGAACUGGUAGAAAAGAAAAGGAUUGGGAUGUCAUCACAAAGAUCAUUCAUACUAUGCAAGAGAAACGUCCAAAUCAAUCAAAUUCAACUAUUAUCUAUUGUCCUACAAUUGAAGAAUCUGUUGAAUUAAAUUAUUUUUUAAAAACUAAACAAAUUAGAACAGUUUGUUAUAAUUCAAAGGUAUCGAUGGAACAAAGAAAAACAAUUCAUAGAGAUUUCUUGUAUAAUAAUAUUGAUGUGGUGGUUGCAACCAUUGCUUUUGGUAUGGGUAUUGAUAAACCAGACAUUAGACUAAUCAUUCAUUACGGGCCGAGUAAAAGCAUUGAAGAGUAUUAUCAAGAGAGUGGUAGAGGUGGAAGAGAUGGAUUGCCUUCAUUGUCAAUCACAUUCUUUUCUAGACAAGAUUUCAUAAAGGGUGAUUACCGAAUUACCAAAUCACCCAAUCUCCAAACCGUUUCAAACACCUUUAAAAAGUAUUCAGAAUACAAAUCAUUUUUGCUCAAUGGUGUGGAGUGUAGAAGAAAAAUGGUUUUAAAUGCUCUUGGUGAAUCAUACACCACUCCGACAGAUGUUGUAGGUGGUUGUCAAGGUUGUGACAAUUGUAUCACAAAGAAAACAACCACUUCUCAUUCCUUGUUGGAUCUAACAUCCGAAGCAUUGGAUUAUUUAAAUUGUAUAGUAGAGAUGGGUGAAAGUUUUGGUCCAUCAAGUUAUAUUAAAGUUUUGAAGGGUUCCAAAGCUGAAAAGACAAAAAAACAUAUAAAUAACAAAUACUAUAACAAAGGUACUUUGUUUACAUUAGAAUGGUGGACAGCUUUAAAUGAUGCUUUGGUUCAAGAAAACUAUCUCAAGCACAAGCUUGUUAGAAUGUUUACUCUUACAGGGUUGGAUGAAAAAGGUUGGACUGUCAUUAGAAAUAAAUAUACAAAAACUAAAGGUUAUAAAGAUGGCAAUAACAAAAGCAACAGUAACAAUAAUAAUAAUAGUGAUAGCAAUAAUGAUAAUAAUAAUAAUAAUAAUAAUAAUGAGGAAAUGAGAAUAAUUAGUGAAUUAUUUUCAGUUUUAAUAGAGUAUAGAAGAGUUGCAGCAUUAAAAGAAGAUAUACCACCAUUCCUAAUAUUCACAGAAAAGACAAUUAAAAUCAUGGCAGAGAGAAGACCAGUCACAAUGCAUGAACUUCGAAAAAUUGAUGGUUUGGAAGAAAAAAAGAUUGCAAAUUAUGGACCAUCGAUUAUAUCCACUAUUCAAAACUAUUGUACCUCUAGAAAUUUACAAACCAACCUUGGUCAAGACAUUGCCCCCAAUGAAGAAGGAAAUGAUCUUUUUACCAAUCUUCUUGAUUUAUUUGGUGGCAGUUUAAGUGGAGGUUCCAUUCCAUCACAAAUAAUAGAUGAUGAUGAAGAAGAAGAAGAAGAAGAAGAGGAAGAAGAAAAGAUCGAUUUGGACAAAUUGGAUCAAUUUGAUUCGGAUCAAGUCUUGGAUGAUUAUUUUUAUGGCGAUGUGAAAGACACUCAGAGUGAGUCGGAUCAACAAAAUAACUUGAAAAGAAAAGGGGUUAUUUUUCAAGAUGAGGAAGUAAUAGAAAAUCAAUCCAAUCAUUUAAAAAAGGUUAAAACUCCAACUAUAACUUCACCUCUUCCUCCUCAACCACCUGUUCAAAAAAUUAAAGAAGGCGAAGAAUUAAAAACCUAUUUCUACCAAGUGGCCAAAUCAAAUGAAUCCAUUCCAACAACAAACUUGGAUGAUGUUCACAAGUUUAAAACUAUUGAUACAAUUAUUGUUCAACAUCAUCUUACUAAUUCUCAUUUUAAUAAUUCAUUGAUUUAA